AUGACAGCGUCAACAUCCCCAACCACCGCUCUCCUCCGGGGAAACUUCCAAAUCCAGCACCACCGCCACUUCUCCAACCUCGCACGCGCCACCACAAAGGAAGAAAAGGAGCCAUGGUGGAAGGACUCGAUGGACCGAUUAAGAAACAUCGGUAUCUCAGCUCAUAUCGAUUCCGGUAAAACCACACUCACUGAACGCAUACUGUUUUACACUGGUCGAAUUCACGAGAUUCAUGAGGUUCGCGGCCGUGAUGGCGUUGGGGCCAAGAUGGAUUCCAUGGAUUUGGAGAGAGAGAAAGGGAUUACUAUCCAGUCGGCUGCUACUUACUGCACUUGGAAUGGAUAUGAGGUGAAUAUAAUUGAUACGCCAGGACAUGUGGAUUUUACAAUAGAGGUGGAGAGGGCACUGAGAGUGUUGGAUGGUGCAAUUCUGGUUUUGUGUAGUGUGGGUGGAGUGCAAAGUCAGUCUAUUACUGUGGAUAGGCAAAUGAGGAGAUAUGAGGUGCCUAGACUUGCUUUUAUUAAUAAACUCGAUCGUAUGGGAGCUGAUCCUUGGAAAGUUUUGAACCAGGCAAGGUCUAAACUAAGACAUCACAGUGCAGCAGUGCAAGUUCCAAUUGGGUUGGAAGAUGAUUUUCAAGGCCUUAUUGAUCUUGUAAAGAUGAAAGCUUAUUAUUUCCAUGGCUCGAGUGGUGAAAAAAUUGUCACUGCAGAAAUACCAGUUGAGAUGGAGGCCUUAGUUGCAGAAAAACGGCGCGAACUAAUAGAAACAGUUUCUGAAGUUGAUGAUAAUCUUGCAGAUGCUUUUCUUGCAGAUGAGCCUAUUUCAGCCUCCGAUCUUGAGGUGGCAAUUCGCAGGGCUACUGUAGCAAAGAAAUUUGUUCCUGUAUUCAUGGGCAGUGCAUUCAAGAACAAGGGAGUACAGCCACUUCUAGAUGGUGUACUUAGUUAUUUGCCUUGUCCCCCUGAAGUUAGUAACUAUGCUCUUGACCAAACCAAAGAUGAAGAGAAGGUUGUCUUGUCUGGAACUCCAGAUGGACCACUUGUGGCAUUGGCUUUUAAAUUAGAAGAAGGGCGUUUUGGUCAGUUGACAUAUCUAAGAAUCUAUGAGGGUGUAAUUCGCAAGGGUGAUUUUAUAAUUAAUGUAAACACAGGCAAGAAAAUCAAGAUUCCUCGCUUGGUUCGGAUGCACUCUAAUGAAAUGGAGGACAUUCAAGAGGCACAUGCUGGGCAAAUAGUUGCAGUAUUCGGCAUUGAUUGUGCUUCAGGAGAUACUUUUACAGAUGGAUCAGUUAGAUACACUAUGACCUCUAUGAAUGUCCCUGAGCCAGUUAUGUCAUUGGCCAUUCAACCAGUUUCAAAAGAUUCUGGAGGACAAUUUUCGAAAGCUUUGAAUCGUUUUCAGAGAGAGGAUCCCACUUUCCGUGUUGGCUUGGAUCCUGAGAGUGGGCAGACCAUAAUUUCUGGAAUGGGAGAGUUGCAUUUGGACAUAUAUGUGGAGCGGAUUAGGAGGGAGUACAAGGUUGAUGCAAAUGUUGGGAAACCUCGUGUGAACUUCAGGGAAACCAUUACUCAGCGUGCUGAAUUUGAUUAUUUACAUAAGAAGCAAAGUGGAGGACAAGGACAAUAUGGACGAGUAUGUGGGUACAUUGAGCCGCUUCCACAAGGGUCAACGACUAAGUUCGAAUUUGAUAACAUGAUCGUGGGACAGGUUAUACCUUCAAAUUAUAUUCCUGCAAUUGAGAAGGGCUUUAAAGAAGCUGCCAAUUCGGGUUCUUUAAUUGGGCAUCCAGUAGAAAAUCUUCUAAUUGCUUUGACUGAUGGUGCUGCCCAUGCUGUGGAUUCUAGCGAACUUGCAUUUAAAUUAGCAGCGAUAUAUGCUUUUAGACAGUGUUAUGCAGCUGCAAAACCUGUGAUACUGGAACCUGUAAUGCUGGUGGAACUGAAAGUACCAACAGAGUUUCAGGGUACUGUUGCAGGUGACAUUAACAAGAGGAAAGGUGUGAUUAUUGGAAAUGACCAGGAUGCGGAUGACUCUAUAAUAACAGCCCAUGUGCCUUUGAACAUGAUGUUUGGUUACUCGACUGCUCUUCGUUCAAUGACGCAGGGGAAAGGUGAAUUCACAAUGGAAUACAAAGAACAUUCACCUGUUUCUCAGGAUGUGCAAAUGCAAUUAGUAAACACCUACAAAGCCAGCAAGGGAGCUGAAUAG